CUAUGAGUCUAUGAUAGCUAAGCCAAACAGAGCCUUCUCUCUCUUUUUCAUUUCCCCAUUUUGGGCUCCGACUCAGUAGAUAAUUCUAUAAAUUUACCACUUUACCCUCCGCAAAUUUCGACCGUUGAUGAGGGUAGUUUCGGGAAUUGGUGAAAAUAAAGUAUAAACCUCUCUCUCUCCAUAGCCCAAACUCUGUUGAAAACCUGAAAAAUGGGUUUGAGUGUACUCUGUUGUACGGUGUAGGAGUGUAGUGUAUUACUCCAUUUUAGCUUUGUGAAUCGUUUAUGGUGGUUUCGUUGGUGAAAUUCUCCAUUGUAGAGCACGGUAAUUACGUGUGUUGUGUCUUGGUGUUUUGUUCUUUUUAGUUCGUGACUGUGUGAACGUGAAGCUCUUUUUUUUUUUUCCUUUUUUGAUUUGGCUCCAAUGGCGGAAACCCUAGAUUCUGGAUCUUGGGGGGUGUUGGGUGAAAUAGUGGAAAUGAAUUCGAAUGUAAUGGAGCUCGAUCAGAGGAAUGGAUUGCAUGAUUCGGGUUCGAAAAUGAGCUUAGGCAGGAAGAGCAGUGCUGAGGCGGGUCAAUGCGCGAAUGUGGAUAAGGGUUUGAGGAGGGCGGAGAUCGAUACUUCGGCUCCGUUUGAAUCGGUCAAGGAGGCCGUAAGUCGUUUUGGCGGAAUUGGUUACUGGAAACCCUCUCAUUCUAAGCUCCCUCAACAUCAGCAUGAGGUGGAAGAGCUUGAUAUAACUAAACUGGAGGAGCAGGCAUUGCAUUUGGAGAAAGAUCUAAUCAUCAAAGAAAGGGAAACCUUGGAUGUUUUAAAAGACCUGGAGAAGACUCGAAUGAAUAUGGAAGAGUUGAAGCAAAAGCUACAGAAAGAAGCAGCUGAAGUCAAUCUAGCCCUUCAGGCUAAUGCUGUUGACAAGAAUGUGAAUCCAGAUGUUAACGAAGCAGAUAAGGAAAAUCGUGGAAAUGGGGGGAAUAUUUGCGCCUCUGUAGAAAGUGUAAACACCUGCCCUUCAUCAGCCCCAGGUUUGAUCUUAAUGGAAUUGAAACAGGCCAAGCUGAACCUUACCCGGACUACAACCGAUCUUGCUGACAUUCGAUAUUCUGUUGAUACUUUUAACAAGAAGUUGGAGAAAGAAAGACUUGCACUUGAGAAAACACGUGAGAGGUUGACUCAGAAUUCUUCGAAGAUAUCAUCUCUUGAAGAAGAGCUAAACCAAACGAAAGUAAAGCUGCAAUUGGUGAAGGAUGCUGAAAAUAGAUGUGCUUCUGAUAGCCCAUCAGACAUUUCAAAGGAGCUUCAACGCUUGAGUUUUGAAGUGGAUCAGUUCAAACAAAUGGGAGAAGCUGCGAGAUCAGAGGUUUUGAGAGCUACUCAGGAGAUUGAACAGACGAAAACUAAGAUAAAAACAGCUGAAAUUAGGUUGAUUGCGGCCAGAAAAAUGAAAGAGGCUGCUAGAGCGGCUGAGGCUGUUGCUCUUGCAGAGAUUAAAGCUAUGUCAAAUCCUGAUGGCUUGUCUGGAGAUUUAUCCCAAAAUCAAGGAAUUACCCUUACUUAUGAAGAGUAUUCGUCUCUAAUCUGCAAAGCUCGAGAUGCUGAAGAACUAUCCAAAAAGAGAGUAGUAGAGGCCAUGCAUCAAGUUGAUGAUGCAAAUAUUUCGAAAAUGGAUAUUUUGAAAAAGGUAGAGGAGGCAACUGAAGAAGUCAGAAGCAGUCAAAAGACACUAGAAGAAGCUCUGAGCAGAGUGGAGGCAGCAAACAGAGGGAAAUUAGCAGUUGAAGAGGCUCUACGCAGAUGGAGAUCUGAACAUGGGCACAGAAGACGCUCUUCAGUUCACAACUCUACCAAAUUCAAGAACUCACAUCCAUCUCACCACCGAAGAGAUUCACGUCUCCUCGAUGUGAAUGGACUACACAUGGUUACUGAUGGGUCAAAACCUGUUUUAAAGCCAACAUUGUCAAUUGGACAAAUUCUAAGCAGGAAGCUGCUGCUGCCUGAAGAGCUUGAAAUGUUGUCUGGAAAAGGUUCCGGAAAACCAAAGGUUUCAUUGGGUCAAAUGCUUGGUAAACAAAACGGUGAUAUACCCUUUUCUUUGAGACCUGAAAAGGAAAACUGUAACAAGCAGUUUUCUGGUAAGAGAAAGAAGUUUGGAUUUGCUCGAUUUUCACUACUCUUGACCAAACAAAGUAAGAAGAAGAAGAUGUCUAUGAACUUGAACUUGAGGUAAUGCAGUGAUGAAUCCUUGUAUCUACUACUCUUGACCAAACGAAUCCUCUCUAAGAUUGAUCAUAUUAUUCUCUAUUCAUUAUAAUCAUAAGUUAAUGUUGUUUUAUUAAUAUCUGCUUACCGUUUUUCUAUCCUGAUUGUAAAAAUGUUUGUGAUAUAUAUGUUAUAUAUCUCAUUUGCUUAUAACAUAUUUAAAAGCUAAUGUAUUUUUUAAAAUCUCUAAGCUUGUAUUCGGAGUUGUUUCUUCUCUAAAGCUGAUAAAAUUUCUCAAGUUUGCGAGUACUGAGUGUAAUGUGAAUUAGUGGGAUUUCUCAUUAUCUCAA